UGACGGUGAAAGAGCAGAAGACGUAAUCGAUCGCCGAUCCGGUACAACUGAUCCCUCUCAAGAAGUAAUCAAUCGCCGAUCCGGUUACGUUGCGGCGGAGGGUUCAGCGUGAGUUGCACCGGGCCCCCAGUUUGAGCGGAGAAUGGGGGGAAAGAAUAAGCAGAGGACGAAGGGAAAUGUCCGGCCAUCGAGCAGCGGACGGGCUGCAGAGCUAUUGGCUAAGGAAAGCGGCACAGUCCCCGGAUUUAUUGGGUUUGGCGCAACGCAGAGCGACCUGGGUUAUGUCCCUGCCGUGCAGGGAGCAGAGGAGAUUGAUAAUCUCGUUGAUGCAGAUUUCCGAAUGGUCCUGCGCAAGCUUUCCAAACGUGAUGUCACCACAAAACUAAAAGCAAUGCAGGAAUUUGGUACAAUGUGCAAGGAGAGAGAGAUGGAGGUUGUUAGAGGCGUCCUUCCCUAUUGGCCUCGCAACUACUGUAAGAUCUCCUUGGAUCACGAUCGUAGAGUAAGAGAAGCGACUCAACAAGCCUUUGAGCAGCUGAUCCUGAAAGUGAAGAAACAUUUGGCUCCUUAUUUGAAAAACCUCAUGGGGUUCUGGCUCAUGGCCCAGUGUGACCCCCACUCCCCCGCAGCCAGCGCAGCCAGAGCCGCCUUUGAAGCAGCGUUCCCUCCACAUAAACAGCCGGAAGCUCUGGCGUUCUGCAAAGAUGAAGUCCUGAAUGUUUUGCUCGAUCAUCUGCUGAAAGAAACCCCGGACUCUCUAAGUGAUCCACAGACUGUUCCGCCUGAAGAAAGAGAAUCGAAGUACUUCAGGGUUGUCACGUGUUCAUUGCUGGCGUUGAAACGUCUCUUCUCCAUGUUGCCAAGCAGUGAAAAUGAUGCCCUACAAGACAGAUUGGCGCACCUGCUGGCACAGAGCAAGUUCUGGAAAUACAGCAAACACCAGUCGCCGACUAUUCGCUCGGCUUUCUUUGAGCUGGUUUCAGCCUUCUGCCAGUAUCUGCCGUCCCUCAUAAACACUGAAGCGGCUCGAGUGUGCCCGGCUGUGCUGCUGAGUAUUGAUGACAGCGAUGCUGUGGUGUGCCCGGCUCUAUGGGAGUCCAUCCUGUACACAAUGACCACUAUAGAGAACUGCUGGGAUCACGUAAAUGCCAAGAAGGGAGUUCUACCCAAGCUGUGGACGGUGCUGAGAGAGGGAGGAAGAGGACUGGCUACUAUAAUCUUCCCCAAUCUGCUGCCGUUUAUUAGCAAAAUCCCCAAUAAAAUAACUCAGCCGCGGGCGGACUUCUACAGCACUUUGUUCGACUCUUUAAUCCAAGGCCUGUCCAGUGACCGAGCUGUUUCCAGCCCCACAGAAUGUUCCGCCAUCCUGAGCGCCUACACAGAAUGUCUUCGCUUCACCAUGCAGGAAAACCUAAGAGAUGGCGAGGAGAGCGCCAAGAUUCGUCAGUCGCUUAUUAUUGACCAGUUGAUCCCUCUUAUCGACUCCUCAGUAAAAGACUCACGACUACAGAGCAGUCCGCUGUUUGGCCUCGUAGAGGAGACCAUCCAUUCGUGGGAGACAAAAGCAGGAGGCCAGGAGGCGGGAGAAGACCUUACCGAGACUUACUCUGCCGUGUUGUCUUCCUUCUGGGAAAGUUUGGAGCAGGUGUGUGUCGCCCAAGUGGACGUCAUAGAAGCCGGAGAGAGGGAACUGGCCGGAGUUUCGGGGCUUCUACAAGUCAUGCAGAACCCAAAUUGUUCUCAGAAGGCAACGAAAAAGAAGAAAGCCAAAAUCAGAUUUACAGAUGAAGACGACGACGUGAAGGACAGCGUGGAUUCUCUGAUGGCUUCCGUCUCCCGGACAAAGGACGGGGACCGAGGUCUGAACGACCUAAGAAAGGAGCGUCUCCAGGACCUGGUCUGUAAGCUGGCAGAGCUAAGCAUGGUGUACAUCACCGAACAAGGGUCCAACCGGCACCUGAGGUUUCUGGCAGCUCUUCUUAGCACCUUCUCCUCUCUCAGGGUGUUCCAUGUGCUUCUAGAACAAAGCAGUGAAGACGACACAUGUCUGAAUUCCGGAAACCCAGCCGUGCAGUUCUUGCAUCAAAAAUUAACAAUUUGGCUUAAAGAAGGCACCCGAGAAGAUGCCGACUUCUUAGUAGACAUCCUGUAUAGUGUCCUGAAUUGUUGUCCCGUGGCUUUGGAGAGAAAACUUCUUUUGGACAGCUUAGUCAAGAUGGAGUUUCAGUGGCACAUUCUCCUUUACAUCAUUCAGAAGGCUUGUUCAGAUCCUGUAAAACACUCCUUGAUCUGUGAUUGGCUGAAAGGCGAGGUUCUGGGUGACAAGCUGAUCGCUCUAGCCGGUGAUCUGUGCAGCGCAGGAUUGGUAGACAGGACAAGACAACAAGAGCCGUACUGCAGCGAUAAGUGGGCUCUGCUGAGUCUGGUUCUGUCCGAACACGUGAAGAACGAGGCUUUGAUUGCUGAUGUCUACGUAGAGAAGAUCAUUGAUAAACUCCACAGCGCUUUGGUUCAGGCCAGAGACCUCUCUGAAGCCGGGGACAUUGAGCAGCCGGUGUCCUUUAUCUGUGACCUGGCCUCCAACUUCUUCAGUUCUGUAAAGGACUGCCUUCAGAUGCCGUCCGCCGAGGACCUGCUCCUCACCAUCUUCCAGCUCUGUGCACAGUCCUCUGACACCACUCACUUAUCAGAAACGUUAUUGUUAAAGCUGAAGAACACGUGGAUGUCCGGACUGAAUUCCCUGGUCCACCAGUUCCACAAUAUACCACAUGGAGGCGCUUUCUUGAAACGCUCUGCCCUGUGGGUCAAAGAUCAGAUGGAGACCUCACAUUUCACUGUCCAGAGUUUACAGUCACUUAUAGUCGCUGUCGAUGAUCUACACGGCAAGAUUCUUCAGUCUGGUCCGUCUGCUGCUCAUAUUCUGGCCGAGCUCUUAUCCCAAAUGAUGCCAAGUGACCAGAAGUGGCAGAAGAUGCGUCACUGUCUCCCAGGGCAGUGGUCAAGCAAACCCCUCUUGGAAGGCCGGAUAAGCCUGAACUCGGAAACAUCUGGGGCAGAUCUUAAAUCCUUCCCUAAGACUUGGCUUCCCCACCACCUCUGCUCAGCCUCCCUGCUCAGCAAAAUGGCUUUCCGAAUACUGGAGAACGACGCGUUUUCGAAAGACAAGGAAAUUGAAAUGAAAACAAACAUUGCCGUUGCAGAGAUGCUUUAUAGCUUACAGUGGUGUGAGGAGCUGGAGAGACCUCCGGCUGCUAUUACAGAGUGCUGCCAUAUGCUGAGAACAAUGGCCGUCACCCAGGAGAGAGUGAAGACGCUCGGUGCCCAUCAGUCUGCCCUGCUGGAGCUGCUCCAUACCAGGUCAUUAGAAAGUGGAACAAUCUGGUCCCUGACCCUUCACAAGCUUAUACAAUUGAUCGCUCCGGGACAUGAUGAUCUGAAGCAGCUGACAGCGAGCACACAGAGCUAUUUCCCUAUGACCCAAGGCGGCCUGCACACCGUUCAGUGUCUCUCGUCAUUCUUACAUAAAGAAGAAAAGGAGUCUCUGAUAAUCCAGUUUGUCUCCCGCCUCAUGUCCUGUGCUGGGACUGAUUUGUCUUGUAUAGAUGGAGGGUUCGGUUUUCUGGCCAUUAUUAAUUCCUGUCUGGAUGCGGAGUCUAUUCCUUCUCCUGAAGUUCUUCCCGGAAUUCUAAAAAUUCUUCUCACGUGGAAGAACACUCAGGAGGAUCUCUUUCUGUUCAGCAGUAAUCUGAAGGAUGCCGGCCUGGACCUUAUUGGCCUGAACAUUGAAAUCAUCAGAUUCUUUUCACUUCUCCUGAAAUACUCUGCGUCUGCUUUACCCAACCUGGAGGAUACAGAGUGGGAUUUUGUAAUGUGCUCCAUGUUAGCAUGGUUAGAGACUGCGUGUGAGAGCUCCGCACUCUACCAUGUACCGCUCGUCCGGCUAUUUGCUUGCGUAAGUUGCGACCUGGCUUCGGAUUUAUCUGCUUACUUUCAAUCUGUCAUCACCAACACUGCCGAAAAGCUUCCCGCAAAUCUUAUCUCCGAGUGGAAGGAGUUCUUUUCGGAAGGAAUCGAUGCCUUGCUGUUACCUUUGUUGGUAAAAAUAGCAGGGGAGCACAAGGCUCCGGAGGUUUCCCAUCACACCUCGGUGCUGCAGUCACUGGGCGAAGCUUUGUGCUUCAUCUCCAAGGAGCAGCUGCUGAACCACAAGCUCCCGGCCAAGUUUGUUGCUGGACAGAAAAGCAGCCUCUCGGACGGUUUACAGAGCUUGCUGAAUACGCUGGCCCCGCUCCUGCUGUAUAGGGACAGAGCCGUGCAGAUCACAGUCUACCAUAUGCUAAAUAAAAUCAUGGUGGAUCUGCCAGCGUUUGAUGAAGACCAUGGAUCUGAGGAUGAAGAGGAACCAGCUUUAUCCCCUCCUGCCGCUCUUAUGUCUGUCUUGGCUCUUCAAGAAGAUUUAGUAGAAACUAUUCUAGAAGGAGUCCAAGUGGGAGAAUUUGCCAUAAUCCAGCCAUUGAAAGAAGAGUUCUGCUUUGUUCUUGGUUAUCUUCUGACUUGGAAGCUCAUACUGACGUUCUUCAAGGCUGCGUCAUCUCAACUGCGGGCGCUCUACUCUCAGUACCUAAGAAAAACAAAGAGCUUGAAUAAACUUCUUUACAACUUGUUUAAGCUUAUGCCUCAUACACCGAUCCUCCCUGGCCAAGCUACCGAUGCGACCUGCAAAGAACCCAAGACCUUCUUUACUGAAGAGCUGAACUUAACUGUAAAGGGUUGUACCACGCUGCAGUAUGAGAUUCCCCAUUUGGCAUGUUGUGUUUAUCACAUCACGUUGAAGGAUUUGCCGGCCAUGGUCCGUCUGUGGUGGAAUGGCUGCGAGAAGAGGGUCUUCAGUGUGGUUGACAAAUUUACUAUGAAGUAUGUGAGCGGAGUGUUGUCUUCUCAGGAAAUCUCCUCCGUACAAUCCAGCACUCAGAUGUUUGAUGGCAUGGCGGUCAAAGCUCGUCCGACUACCCGGGAAGUCAUAGCCACCUAUUCCGUAGAUGACAUCUGUAUAGAGCUCAUCAUCCAGCUACCGCAAAACUACCCCCUUGGCUCCAUCACCGUAGAAAGCGGCCGACGGGUAGGCGUAGCGGUUCAGCAGUGGCGCAACUGGAUGUUACAGCUCAACACUUACCUUACGCACCAGAACGGGAGCAUAAUGGAAGGCCUUGCCCUCUGGAAGAACAAUGUAGACAAGCGGUUUGAAGGCGUUGAAGACUGUAUGAUCUGUUUCUCGGUCAUUCAUGGUUCCAAUUAUUCCUUACCUAAAAAAGCCUGCAGAACCUGCAAAAAGAAGUUCCAUUCGCAGUGCCUGUACAAAUGGUUUACCUCAAGCAACAAGUCCACGUGUCCCCUGUGCAGAGAGACAUUCUUCUAAGAGUGCCCAGAUGUAACGCACACUCACAAUCUCCGACAUAAAUCCGGCGAGGUCCUUGUACAGCUUCACCUCUACUACAUUCAACCAACUAUAUGCGACCGAUCUUCUAAUGUCCCCUAUAGACGUACAGUGGCUGUGGAAAUGGUGUUUUUCCUAUUUCUUCUCCAUCCAUAAAUGACCUUGUGCACAACUCCUCUUACCAUCUGGUUGAGCUAUAACACUUAGUACUGAAGCUGCCGUAACGUAUUACAGAAAGUAUAAAUCAGACCGCUGUCAGAAGCCGGAAAAAGAAAAACGAAUAAAGAACAUUUGCGUUUUAAAGAACUGGUGGCAUAAACGCCGUGAUACCUGUAAAUGAUGCUUUGUCCUCCCUCGGAAAUUAGAUUUAUUUUAAAUAAAAUACUGUGGUAAAUUGUUGUUGUAAACUUUUUUUUUUUUAAUGUUGAACAGAGAUUGGUUCAUAUAAAUGUGUAUGCCAACUGGUGCGCCUCCAGCUGUUGCAAAACUACAACUCCCAGUAUGCCCAGACAGCUGUUGACUUUCAGUGUAUGCCAUUGGCUGUCAGAGUAUGCAGUGUUGGCUGUCAGUGUAACUUGUAGUUUAGCAACAGCUGGAGGCGCACCAGUUGGGAAUCACUGAUUUAACAAUUUCAUGACCCAGCUAAUUUUUUUUUUUCUGACACGUUUUUUUCUUCCUUACCUUCUAAGACCAUAACUUUUUUAAUUUUCGACUGAAAAAGUUGUAUAUAUUAUAUGUAGGGCAAAAUUGGAAAAAAUAUGAAAUUGAACAAUUUUGUAUGGCAAUAAUUUUUUGGGAGUUCAAAAUAUGGUAAAUCUGAGACUCCAUCUUUAUUCUGUGAGUCAGUAUGAUUCCAAUGAUACCAAACUUGAAUCAUUUUUGUUUCAUUUUAUGGUUAAAAAAAAAUUAAACUUUG